AUGACCCCAAAAUGUCUUGCUAGGGCGAAUGCUACAAAUGCUACUGUAGACAUUAGUCUCCAUCCGAAAUCAGCUGACUAUUACAGCAAUGUUCAGUGGAGUGCAGAUGGAACCAGCUUGAUCGCCACCACAGCCAGAAAUUCUAUAGAAACAUUCAUUGUUCCUCCUGAUAUUUUGGAGGAAACUACGGGACCGCGGGAGCUGGCGUCGUACUGCACGAUUGUGUCUAGCGAUGCUGUUAACGCUGUUGUGGGUUACCCAUUCUUUGAUCUUGGGAAUCCUUCCACAGCUUUGGUCUUAUCAUCGCGAAAAGACCUCCCCAUUCGUUUGGAUUCGGCCUUGACUGGACAACAUACCGCCUCAUAUUCGCUUGUCAACCCGAUGACUGAAGCAUACAUUUGUCCGAACUCGCUCAUAUUCAACUACGAGGGUGAUCGCUUCGUAGCUGGGUCUGACUCACUGCUCUCCGUUUUUGAUCUUUCAAGGCCAGGACAACAACCCACCUCGUCAUUUCCAACAGGGCCUCGGAAGAGAAACGAUAGCCAUUAUAACCCGGCAAUCAACAUGAGAGGAAUUGUCUCAGCCUUGGCCAUUGAUGCGUCCAGCAAAGUUCUGGCUGCGGGCACCUUCAGUCGUCACGUCGGACUAUAUGAUUCAAUUGGCCAAGGUGAAUGCGUGGGAGUCUUCUGCGUGAAGGGUACCACUGCGGAUGCUCAAAUUGGUGGUGCUGGGAUUACUCAAGUCUCAUGGAGUGCUUGUGGAAGAUAUCUGUACAUUACAGAAAGGAAGAGUGAUGGCGUAAUAAUCUAUGACAUCCGAAAGACAGGACAACUUCUUUCGUGGCUUCAAGGAAGGUGUGCAAAUACAAACCAGCGGAUGUCGGUGGACAUUGUGACCACAGAUGUCUUAGAUGACAAUGAAGUAUGGGGGGGCAGCUCAGAUGGAUAUGUUAGGAUGUGGAAGAACGCUCAUCAGCAGGAGGGAUCGAUUUUGCCGACUUUUGAGUUCAAGGCUCAUGAAGAUGUUGUAUCAGCUACAAGGAUACAUAAGGGCGGAGGGGUCAUUGUCACUACAGCUGGACAACGAAAUUCCUUUGCCGACGACAAAACAGCUGCUGCAACCUCGUCCCUGAAAGUUUGGGCAUUGUGA